UGCCAGGUCAUCUGCGUUACGAUCUCUAUCGCCAUACUAUAGGCCUGAGACCCCGCUUUUGAGCCGCGUCACAUGUCCAGAUGCACUCAAUGUCGGGGUAUAUAGUUGGUAUUGCGACGGCGUACGAGCCUGACUUCGUGACGCUCCGAUGGGUUUCACAACGUGGGAAUUCGACCAAGUUCGCAAGACCUACUACUACUACGACCCAGAUAGCAACACUUGUGUGUAUGCAGACGACACCGGCGUCCCACCACCUGAAACAAGUCAUACACCUACGGCUGCCGUCGUGCCGACGUCAAAUCAUGGCCGAGUCGAUUCCACGAUAUUACCAGCUGCAACAGGCAUUGUACCAAGUGAUACGGAGAGACUCCAAAAGGUGGCACGCAAUGUAGAGGUGCUAAAUGCUCAAACAACGCCUGCGGACCUGCAGCAGUUCAACAUAACACCACGCUUCAGACUCAGGGAAACACCGGGAGAGGCCGAGGGGCUUGACGAGAGCUUUUGCAUUCGGAGACCUGGUUACAAAUACUUCAAGAAAGGAGUGAUUUUCAGGGUUUUAUGGCCAGAACUUGCCGGCGAUGUACAUCAAAAUAUGACUAUUGCCACCACACCGCGCUUUCCAAACGAGAACAUAUUUUGUAAGAUCAGGUGGUUUGUUGUGGUGCGCGAAGGUCAUGACUGUAGUACCUGCCUAUCAAUACAAACCUACGGAAAUAGAGGUGUGCCUCAAAACAAGGAGAAAUACCACCAUGCCAUAAUGUUCACUGGAAAUCAGCCACCGCAGCCGUUGCCUUCGGAGCAGCCUCGUAUCGGAGAGUUAGGCAUGGGUACUCCGAUCCACGUUGAGGCAAGUCGACCUUAUAACAGGAUGGAUCCGCUCUCCCGAGUAAAUUUCGUCAAGGUCUAUACUAUCGAACACAACGUGAAGGUCGAAGACUUUGGCAGGGUUAACCCACUCUGGGAACAUACAUUUCUGUCUCAAUUCUACGCCCACUGGGGAAUUCCAUUCCACAUGGGCUUGCCACCGGCUACUCGAGGGCCGCAGUACAAUCACAACUAAGCCCAUUUUUUCACGGUAACAUAUACUCAGCCACAUACAUAUAAUUCGGUUGCACCGGUCACAACUGAAACUCCUUGGUAACCAUCACGAUUGGAACCCGAAUACAGUUCUUACCAUCUCGAUAUGAACCUCGAUGUGUUCAACAGCGACCAAACGAUUGGACUAAACGAGAUCAUGGAGAGUUCUGUGUAUAUUUUCGACAAAGUAAUGUUUAUUCCUCUCUUGAUGGACUUCCGUUCUUCAUUAUUUCAGGUCUCAACUUGGGAUGCAUGGUUCUUCAUCGCGAGCAUUGACGAACCCACCAUAGUCGAAUUCAGGAAUGGCGUUUUGUACGCUAGUCUUAUGGUUACUUGACAUCUAUGUCAGAUACGCCACACUUGAUGUAUCUAACGGGCUUUUCAUUUACGCUCUUCGACAUGUCAUAUGUGAUAAUGAAAGACAUGUUCAUGUGACUGAGUACCUGUCUCUGCAUUGGCUAGC